AACACUUUUGGCCAACACUAGCAUUCUUUUCUUUUCAUGACAAGAUAACAAUGAAUAUCUGGAUUAUGAUUUUUUGUCCUCAAAAAUUUUUGACAUUUAUUAAUUCUAGCGAUGACAUGCUUACGUCAUUAAAUCACGUGAUUACAUUCAUUGGCCGGCACUAAUAAAUCGCAUUGGAUAUUUCAUUGCAUCACAUUAGUUCCCCUGGAGUAAACUUGUCUGUGUAUUUAACCUGACGGGCAGUAUUACAAGGUGAUUUUUAAACGGAUAUAAGAGAUUUUUGACAUUAUCAAUAGCUUCUCUUCAGUUGAUCUUAAUUCCGUAUUCGGCUUUGUUAGACCAUUCCAGAUUAUUGUUCAUUAUAUCGGAUUCGUACAAGAUUAAAGUUUUUUUAUGCAUUACGAGUAUUUGAACGCGUACCAAGAAAUGCUUUAUUAAUGAUUCGAUGAACCCUGCCGUGUAGGAUUAACAAUUUAAUAUAAUAGUACUAGUCUUAUUUGGUGAAAGUUUUCAAAGCGUCAUCGUCACCUAGUAGCAAGUAGUCCAGCAUUAUCUUGGAUUAAUUCUGUCGUGUUUACAAAGUCUUGGAUUGAAAAAUAAAAAACUGUUUAAACAAGAUCUCUCAAAAAGAGACAUUGUUACGUAAUAGUAGCAUUUCUCUAUUGGAACUUACUGUAUUAGACGGAAAAGAAAAGCAUGCCCGCACUGACGUCGCCAUGGUUUUAUCAGAGGAACCCACAGCUUCCUCCUCAAUUAGCCUCCGCAGCUCAGACGCGAUCCCCUAGUAGUAUGACAGAAGAAGAGGUGGAUCAAAUCACCAAGCGAGUGGGUCGUCCAACUCAGUCCUCCCGAGCCAAAACUAGCCAAUCGUGGAAACUCGAUAACACUUUUAUGGACAAUGGACGACACUCAUGGGCAAAAAUGGAAUUAUAUGCAGACUGCAAGAAGUGUAUGUGGAAGGACAAUGGGGUUGUGAAAGCUACGUGUAAAAUUCGCCCCGUACAACCAACACCCCGUUAACAUGCGCUCAUUUUUUUGUUUUUUCAAGUAAGACUUCGGAUGAAAAAAAUUCUAGUCCAACACUUCUGUCAAAACGAGUUGGCUACAAUGAAAGUUUCUGAUUUCUAGUUUUGGACAUCAAGAUACUAGUAAUUUACUUUUCAAGGAAUCACAGUAUUAUAGUGUGUGGUUGGUGCUUAAGCUUCAUAAACAUUGAUCCGAUCUGUUUUGGCGCAGUGACAUAUACCUGUUCAGUAUUAGUAUUUUUCAUGCUAAUUGUAUUAUAAUCAUUUUUGUUUGUGCUUCAAACUCUGAAUGGUCUUAACUUUUGGAUUUCUACGAUUACUAUGGAAUCGACAUUGACGAAACAACGACAGUUAUUUGUUCUUCCUCUCUGUAGCAUAAGUAUUUUUCCCCCUGACUAUUUACGUUGCUGUAAAUGAUAAAUGUUAGAAAAUUUUCAUGUUGUCAUUUAGCAAUCACAAUUUUGUACUUGUUACUGUAUACAAUGUCUAUU